AAAAGCAGCAACCAGGGGGCUGGUGAGGAAGGAUGUCUCGGCAGUGUUUACUAGGCCUCCAACACUAGAGCCCAUCCCCCAGCUCCGAAAAGCUUCCUGGAAAUGUCCUUGUUAUCACUUCCCCUCUCGGACUGGGGGCUGGGAGCGGGCGGUCCCCUCCGCCCCCCGCUGUUCCGCCGAGGCUCGCUGGGUUGCAGGCGCCGCCGCGCAGCACUGCUCAGACCGAGGCGCACAAGCUCGCAGCUCCGCGGCGCCCAGCGCUCCGGUCCCCGCCGCGACGCGCCGCUGUCCCCGCCCGCGCCUCCGCGCGCUUCGACAUGAGGGUCCUGGGUGGGCGCUGCGGGGCGCUGCUGGCGUGUCUCCUCCUAGUGCUUCCCGUCUCAGAGGCAAACUUUUUGUCAAAGCAACAGGCUUCACAAGUCCUGGUUAGGAAGCGUCGUGCAAAUUCUAUGCUUGAAGAAACCAAACAGGGUAAUCUUGAAAGAGAAUGCAUUGAAGAACUGUGCAAUAAAGAAGAAGCCAGGGAGGUCUUUGAAAAUGACCCUGAAACGGAUUAUUUUUAUCCAAAAUACUUAGUUUGUCUUCGCUCUUUUCAAACUGGGUUAUUCACUGCUGCACGCCAGUCAACUGAUGCUUCUUAUCCUGACCUGAGAAGCUGUGUCAAUGCCAUUCCAGACCAGUGUAGCCCUCUGCCAUGCAAUGAAGAUGGAUAUAUGAGCUGCAAAGAUGGAAAAGCUUCUUUUACUUGCACUUGUAAACCAGGUUGGCAAGGAGAAAAGUGUGAAUUUGAUAUAAAUGAAUGCAAAGAUCCCUCAAAUAUAAAUGGAGGUUGCAGUCAAAUUUGUGAUAAUACACCUGGAAGUUACCACUGUUCCUGUAAAAGUGGUUUUGUUAUGCUUUCAAAUAAGAAAGACUGUAAAGAUGUGGAUGAAUGCUCUUUGAAGCCAAACAUUUGUGGCACAGCUGUGUGCAAGAACAUUCCAGGAGAUUUUGAAUGUGAAUGCCCUGAAGGCUACAGAUAUAAUCUCAAAUCAAAGUCUUGUGAAGAUGUAGAUGAAUGCUCUGAGAACAUGUGUGCUCAGCUUUGUGUCAAUUACCCUGGAGGUUACACUUGCUACUGUGAUGGGAAGAAAGGAUUCAAACUUGCCCAAGAUCAGAAGAGUUGUGAGGCUGUUUCAGUGUGCCUUCCCUUGAACCUUGACACAAAGUAUGAAUUACUUUACUUGGCGGAACAGUUUGCAGGGGUUGUUUUAUAUUUAAAAUUUCGUUUGCCAGAAAUCAGCAGAUUUUCAGCAGAAUUUGAUUUCCGGACAUAUGAUUCACAAGGCGUGAUACUGUAUGCAGAAUCUAUCGAUCACUCAGCAUGGCUCCUGAUUGCACUUCGUGGUGGAAAGAUUGAAGUUCAGCUUAAGAAUGAACAUACAUCCAAAAUCACAACUGGAGGUGACAUUAUUAAUAACGGUCUAUGGAAUAUGGUGUCUGUGGAAGAAUUAGAACAUAGUAUUAGCAUUAAAAUAGCUAAAGAAGCUGUGAUGGAUAUAAAUAAACCUGGACCCCUUUUUAAGCCUGAAAAUGGAUUGCUAGAAACCAAAGUAUACUUUGCAGGAUUCCCUCGGAAAGUGGAAAGUGAACUCAUUAAACCGAUUAACCCUCGUCUAGAUGGAUGUAUACGAAGCUGGAAUUUGAUGAAGCAAGGGGCUUCUGGAAUAAAGGAAAUUAUUCAAGAAAAACAAAAUAAGCAUUGUCUGGUUACUGUGGAGAAGGGCUCCUACUAUCCUGGUUCUGGAAUUGCUCAAUUUCACAUAGAUUAUGAUAAUGGAUCCAGUGCUGAGGGUUGGCAUAUAAAUGUGACCUUGAAUAUUCGUCCAUCCAUGGGCACUGGUGUUAUGCUUGCGUUGGUUUCUAGUAACAACACAGUGCCCUUUGCUGUGUCCUUGGUGGACUCCACCUCUGAAAAAUCACAGGAUAUUGUGUUAUCUGUUGAAAAUACUGUAAUAUAUCGGAUACAGGCCCUAAGUCUAUGUUCCAAUCAACGAUCUCAUCUGGAAUUUAGAGUCAACAGAAACAAUCUGGAGUUGUUGACACCACUUAAAAUAGAAACCAUCUCCCACGAAGAGCUACAAAGACAACUUGCCAUCUUGGACAAAGCAAUGACAGGAAAAGUGGCCACGUACCUGGGUGGCCUUCCAGAUGUUCCAUUCAGUGCCACACCAGUGAAUGCCUUUUAUAAUGGCUGCAUGGAAGUGAAUAUUAAUGGUGUACAGUUGGAUCUGGAUGAAGCCAUUUCUAAACAUAAUGAUAUUAGAGCUCACUCAUGUCCAUCAGUUUGGAAAAAGACAAAGAAUUCUUAAGCCAUCUUUUCUCUGCUGAUAAUACCUUUUCCCUGUGUGUAAUUAUACUUAUGUUUCAACAACAGCUGAAGGGUUUUAUUUACAAUGUGCAGUCUUUGAUUAUUUUGUGGUUCUUCCCUGGGAUUUUUAAAAGGUCCUUUGUCAAGGAAAAAAAAUUCUGUUGUGAUGUAAAUCACAGUAAAGAAAUUCUUACUUCUCUUGCUAUCUAAGAAUAGUGAAAAAUAACAAUUUUAAAUUUGAAUUUUUUCCUACAAAUGACAGUUUCAAUUUUUGUUCAUAAAACUAAAUUUUAAUUUUAUCAUCAUGAACUACUGUCUAAAUACCUAUUUUUUUUUUUUUCAGAAAGCAAGGAAGUAAGCUCAAACAAAAGUGCAUGUAAUUAAAUACUAUUGUUCAUAGGCAGAUAGUAUUUUGUUUUUGUUUUGUUUUUUUCCUGAUGAAGGUAGAAGAGAUGGUAGUCUAUUACAUCUGAAUGGAAUGGAGGGUCCUAAUGCCUUAUUUCAAAACAAUUCCUCAGGGGGACCAGCUUUGGCUUCAUCUUUCUCUUGCGUGGCUUCACAUUUAAACCAGUAUCUUUAUUGAAUUAGAAAACAAGUGGAACAAAUUUUCCUAAGAGCAGCACAGGAAUCUUACUUCUUGGGAGCUGCAGUCUGUCAGGAUGAGACAUCAGAUUAGGUUGGAUACGUGGAGAAAUCUGAAAUGGGUACAUUUCUUAUAUUUGGCUGUGUCGUCAUACAAGGUCUACCUUACAAAAGAUAGAAUUCAGAGACGGACAGGAGAAUGAACAAAUGUGGGAGUUGGUAGUUUUCCUUGAAUCCAACUUUUAAUUACCAGAGUAAGUUGCCAAAAUGUGAUUGUUGAAGUACAAAAGGAACUAUGAAAACCAGAACAAAUUUUAACAAAAGGAUAACCACAGAAGGAUAUAGUGAGUAUUGUAUCUUUGUAAUCAAAGAAGGAGGUAAGAUUGCCACGUGCCUGCUGGUACUGUGAUACAUUUCAAGUGGCAAUUUUAUCACAUUUGAAUCUACCAUUCAUAACCAGAUGUACAUCAGAUGUUUCACUGACAGUUUUCAAAAAUAAAUUCUUUUCAUUAUAUUUUAUAUCACAUAAUAAACUGGUGUAUAAUUUUAAAAUGCACGUGAAUAUCUUUAUUAUAUCAACUGUUUGAAUAAAAUAUACAAUUACGUAAUAGACAUUUAACUCUUCA